AGGAGGUGUGUGUGUGUGUGUGUGUGUGUGUGUGUGUGUGAGGGACCGAGGGAGGAUCGGUCAGACUUUCCAGAUACUGUGUGGAGUCACAGACCAGAGGAACUCCCCAGCAGCUAGAGAGUCGUCUGACUGGGACCGGGCCAACCUCACACACACACACACACACACACACACACAGGUCUGCGCCCGGAGCGAGUUCCGCCUUUCGCAGGGGAUCUGCAUGCGGCAGGGAGAGAGGAACUCCACGAUGCCGCUGUUGUCGUCGCUUUAAUGAGUUAGAAAGAAAAAGGGCGAGCGAAGAAGAAGAAGUUGGGAGAAAAACCGGUUCUCCCUCCUGCUCCUGUGUGGACGGUGGAGGGGAAGGUGGCCCAACUCAUCGUUGCCUAACCUGCUCAGAUGGACUUCAGAUAACGCCACCGGAAGUUCUACCCUUGUCCCAAACCUCUCCUCAGCCUUCCCACAUUCAGCCAGAAUGGCAGAUCCCACUGGGCUGAGCCCUGACAGGGCUGGGGCGGGCGCGACCGAGGUCGACUCCUGUAGCCUGGAGAUAGAGAGGAAGUAUGAUGUCAUCCCUGCCGUCAUCUGCUCCAUGUGUUGCCUGUUUGGCAUCAUCUACUGCUUCUUUGGUUACCGCUGUUUCAAGGCUGUCAUGUUUCUGUCAGGCCUGAUGUUCGGCUCCGUCAUCAUUUUCUUGCUGUGCCACAAGGAGCACGUGCUGGACACCCAGCUGAGCGUCGAGGCCAGUGCGGGGAUCGGCCUGGGUAUAGGUCUGCUGUGCGGUCUGGUGACUAUGCUGGUGCGAAGUGUCGGCCUCUUCAUGACCGGCCUGCUGCUGGGACUCCUCCUGGCCCUUGCCGCUCUGCUGGUCACUCACCAGUUCUACACGCCGACCACAGUCUGGGUGCCGCUGGGCGCCCUCCUGGGAACGGGCAUGCUGUUUGCUGUGCUCACGCUGCAGUGGCAGAAGUUCUUCACCAUGCUCUCCACGGCUGUGUUCGGAGCCGCUAUCAUGACAGUGUGUGCUGAUUACUUUGUGGAGAUGCUGGCACUCGCCACGCACGUGUACGAGUGCUUGCGCCUCACGCCGGGGCCACCUCUCUGCUGGUACAGCUGGGUCAUUCUGGGCAUCUGGCCCGCCCUCAGCCUCAUAGGAGCGCUGGUCCAGUGGAAACUGACGGACGACAGUUUCUCACACACCGAGGUUGUUAUCAGUCGGCGGCAGAAGAGAGUCCAGCUGAUGCGGAUUCGGGAGAAGGACGCCAAGAAGCGUCAGCAGGCAGGUGGGCAGGAAGGCACUUACCGUCGUAAACCCACCCCAGUGAAACGUUACGCUGGGGAUCUACUGGCACCGAGCUACCUGCAAAGUCUGCGGGACAGACAGAUGGGCACAGGCACUUCCCUUAGCAGCCUGGGCACUGCCAACCACACCAUGAUCGACUUGGAGUACGACACCGGCUCCACUGUGCCCCUCACGGCCACAACGCCAGUGGUCCGGGUCUGAGCAACCCAGUGAUAAGAAGGGACUUCGUAAUGCUCUCUGGUUCUUCAACAGUGUCUCCCUAAUGUAGAACAGAGCCUAUGAACUGAUCCACUCAGCUAAGGGUUUUUUUUAUUUUAUUAUUGCCCUUAAACUGAUUUGGAGCGAGGAUGGAUUUUCUCCCAUCAGUGUGUGUCGGUGAAAACGAAUGCUGCUUUUUGUCGAGAAGCCAGAAGUGUCAAGCUCCUGCUUGGUGAAUGCUACAACCACUACGAACAGUGUGUUUCUCAGAGAAACAUUUUAAAGCUAACACAGUAAAGUUAGGUCCGCCAUUUCAUUUCACCGUGUGUUAAAUACAUAACAGCAAGUAUGAGCCUCGAAAGCAGAUGUCGAUCUGUUUUGGAAGUGAACAUGACGAAGCAGUUUGUUUGACGUUACAUCAUGUACUGUACUUGAAGAGUUAGCGACUUGCAAUGAAGUGUUGUGUUAUCACCUGCCUUUCUGUUUAACUGUGUGGUCAUAGGAUUCAUGGAUUUGUGUAGUUUUUUUUAGAUGAAGCGUGGUGAGAGAGUACAUGUAGAUGAUAUGUUGCCAUGAUUGUGACAAAGUGAAGCAAAAACUAAAUGAUGCAAAUGAAAUAAACUGUUGGUAUGUAAAAGCUCUUUGCCUGAGCUUUUAGCAGGAGGUUUUAUAGCAGCACUCUAAUA